GAAAAAAAAAAAAAAAAAAGUUCCCAGGGUCGUCAGGCUAUUCCCUCUUCUUUCUCGUGCUACUUCCGAGAAAUCGAUCAUAAAACUUCAAUACCGGAUCAGGGUUUCUUGGUUCUCCGCAAUUUUGAGGGCAUGUCAGGGAAACGGGUCAUAGCAAUAUGUAUGUCUGGUGGGGAGUUUCAGACAGAGAAAGGCGGAGUGCUUACUUAUAAAGGCGGCGAUGCUCACGCAAUAGACGUGGAUGAAGAGAUGAAAUUCAAAGACUUUAUCUCAGAAAUUGGGGAGAUGUUUAAUUGCGACGUCAGGACAGUUUGUCUCAAAUACUUUCUCCCUGAUAACAAGAAGACUCUCAUCUCCAUCUCUAACGAUAAAGACUUGAAACGAAUGAUUAAAUUUCACGAGAACUCAAACACCGCCGAUGUCUAUCUCAUACCCGAAGAAGCUGCUCCUGACAUUUCAAACAUGCCGGCGAGCAGGUCUAGCAGAACAACGUUGUCUGAAGCGAUUCCUCCAGUUCCUCUGGAAGACAUGAUAGAUGACACAACUGGAGCAGAUGAUCUUCCCCUCUCAGUGUCAGUGUCAGCUCCUCCUGUUGUAACUAUGGAGCAAGUCGUGAACCGAGUUGAAGAUGCACAGAUUAUUACCAAUCCAACUGAUAUGAUGUCAUCGAUUCUUGAAGUCCCGAAUCCUAAAGGAGAUAUUCUCACAAAGGCAAGAACACAGCAAUGGCAGAACACAAUCACAGGUGUUGGACAGAGGUUUAAAAACGUAGGUGAGUUUCGUGAAGCCCUGCGGAAGUACGCCAUCGCGAACCAGUUUGGAUUCCGCUACAAGAAGAACGAUAGCCACCGAGUGACGGUUAAAUGCAAAGCGGAAGGUUGUCCAUGGAGGAUCCAUGCAUCGAGGCUAUCAACCACUCAGCUGAUCUGUAUCAAGAAAAUGAAUCCGUCGCAUACCUGUGAGGGUGCGGGAGGCAUAAACGGUCUCCAGACGAGUAGGAGCUGGGUUGCUAGCAUUAUAAAGGAGAAGCUGAAAGUUUUUCCAAACUAUAAACCGAAAGAUAUCGUCAGUGACAUCAAGGAAGAGUAUGGGAUUCAGCUGAACUACUUUCAGGCUUGGCGUGGAAAAGAAAUCGCAAGAGAACAGCUUCAAGGAUCAUACAAGGAUGGCUACAAGCAGCUUCCGUUAUUAUGCGAGAAGAUCAUGGAAACGAAUCCGGGAAGCUUGGCUACAUUCACGACUAAGGAAGAUUCAAGUUUUCACCGUGUCUUCGUUUCGUUCCACGCCUCGGUUUAUGGCUUUCUCGAGGCAUGUAGACCGCUAGUGUUUCUUGAUAGUAUGCCGUUGAAAUCAAAGUAUCAGGGGACUUUGUUAGCGGCAACUUCUGUGGAUGGGGAUGACGAAGUGUUUCCUCUGGCUUUCGCGGUGGUCGAUGCGGAGACAGAGGAUAACUGGGAAUGGUUCUUGCUUCAGCUGAGAUCUGCUCUCACCACACCUUCCCCGAUAAACUUUGUUGACGAUCAGCAAAAGGAUCUGCAUGAAUCUUGCCCCAUCACAUUCGUUGCGGAUCGGCAGAAGAAUCUGCAAGAAUCGAUCCCGAAAGUGUUUGCAAACUCGUUUCACGGAUAUUGCUUGCGGUAUCUGACAGAGGAGCUCAUCAGAGACUUGAAAGGACCGUUCUCUCAUGAGAUAAAGCGUUUGAUCGUGGAUGACUUCUACUCAGCAGCUUAUGCACCAAGAGCGGAUUCAUUCGAGAGACACGUGGAGAACAUCAAAGGCCUCUCGAUGGACGCUUACAAUUGGAUCGUGCAAAACAGCCAGCCUGAUCACUGGGCCAACGCUUACUUUCCUGGUUCCCGUUACAACCACAUGACUUCAAACUCAGGUGAACCGUUCUUCACAUGGGCCUCAGAUGCAAACGAUCUACCCAUAACUCAAAUGGUCGAUGUGAUCAGAGGGAAAAUCAUGGGACUGAUCCACGUGAGACGGAUUAACGCAGCGGAGGCUAAUGGAAGAUUGACACCUUCCAUUGAGAUAAAGCUAGAGAAAGAGUGCGUGAAAGCGCAAACCCUUCACGUGGCGCCAUCUCCGGAUAACAAUAUGUUUCAAGUCCGUGGAGAGACUUACGAGGUCGUGAACAUGGCGCAGUGGGACUGUAGCUGCAAGGUUUGGCAGGUAACGGGCUUACCGUGUCACCAUGCAGUGGCAGUUAUAAGCUGUAAUGGACGUAGCCCUUACGACUUCUGUUCUAGAUAUUUCAGUGUUGAGAAUUAUAGGCUCACAUACUCCAUGUCGAUAAAUCCGGCUCCGUUGUUAGAAGGAGAGAUGUGUAGAGAGAGCUCUGGGGGUUCGGCGGUGACGGUAACGCCGCCACCGACACGGCGACCACCGGGGAGGCCGCCGAAGAAGAAAACGCCGGCGGAAGAGGUUAUGAAGCGGCAGCUGCAAUGUAGUAGGUGCAAGGGACUUGGUCACAACAAGUCUACUUGUAAAGACUAUUUUCUUGAAUGCUAGUUUUUUUUUCUUUUUUUUUUUUUUUUUUAAUUGCGCUCCACUUUGUUUUUUUUUAUUAACUUUUUUUCUUUUCACUUUUUAACUUCCAUCGACAGUUUAAAGUGUUCAAUCUGUAAGAAAGGAGGAUAUUUUUUCUUUUUUUCUUUUCUUUUUAAAAAAAGAGGAUUAUUAAGUUCAACACUUCCUUGUAGGAUUUUUAAUCAAAUCGAUAAAAGU